CAGACGAUGUCUUUUGAUCGACAGUGUCCUUGAUCACGAAGACGAAGACACACGCCUCAGAAAAACAGCACAGCAAAGAUCUACAAGAAGCUGAAAGAACUAAGUUACAGCACCAGAUUUGUGGAAAAGAAAAAACAUAAAGAAAAAAGGGAAAACAGAACUGAGAACUCAAAGUUAGAGGGAGAAGGAGCUAAGAACUUAAAAAAAAAACAAGAAGAAGAAGGAGGAUCAGAGGAAGAGGAAGAAAAGUAAGACCGUUAAGACGAAUUACAAGAACGAGACAAGACUUUAGAGGGAAAGAAAAAAAGCUAAUACGAARACCAAAACUAUACACAUAUUUAGAUAUGGAAAUGCUUGAAGUCACAACAGAGAAUCCUUUACCACAGGAUCAGGACAAAUGCUUCAACAAUGCAAUUUUGAAGGAAAUUCUAAAACCGCUACUUCUUCCAAUGAGGUGGCUGGGAAUAUCGUACGGUGAUUUAUUCCAGUCUUACAGAUCCRGCACCGUGGGACCUUUGAUGACCACAGAAAUGAGCAUGGUUGAUAAGAAAAAGACCACAAAGUUACAAUUCUGCCUGUGUCUAUUCGUCUCAGUUGUGCUAGUGUCUUAYUGCGUUUUCAGUUUCAKUGAGUUGGUCGUAGUCAGGAAUACCUUCUCCGCGAUGACUCGAUUGGUGAUCUUCCUUUGGCUUGUGCUUUGCGCAUGCCAACAACUAACAUGCCUGCUGACAACAACAUAUUGCACCAAGAAAGAUCCUUUGUCGAGGUUUCAGAAGUUUGUCAAGUCUUUGCAGCUUGUAAGAGCAGAGAACAUCCCAAAACAUAAAAAGAGAAUCCGAACUGUAAUGGGAUGGGGUUGGUACUGCAUGAUUUUGAAUACGAUUGUACUUAUGGUSGCGCUUUACAUCGGCAACGAAGAAAUGAGAAWUGGCACAAGGUUGAUGUAUUUUGGGAUGUCAAACUGGACCGUUGCUCACUUUGACAUCAUCACCAACAGCUACACCGCGGUGCAUAUUUUUMUSUGUGCAUCCUGGGUACUCCCGGUCUGCUACUAUAUCUGUCUAUGCCUGYUCGUCACCGGRUGCUUCUCCGAUCUCUUUGAAAGGACUGAGAAAGUCAUAUCAGAAAAGARGCCCUUAAAUCUGGUCGACACCCGUCAACAAUAUGUUCGUCUYUGUCAMGUCGUGUCCACGCUYAAUGAUCUUCUGUCCCCUCUUGGAAUCAUCAACUUUGCCAUCUACAUCCCACAAGUGUGCCUUAAUAUCAACGUUUGUGUUUUGACAUUUAAAGCAGGGAACAUAGUCACUGGCGUCGCCUAUUCAUUCUGGAUCUCGUGCAGUUUUGUGAUCCUUCUUGUACUCUCCAUAUCUGGAUCUUCGGUGAACUAUGCGGKCCGUCGUCUCUCUGAAGUUCUGUACGAUAUCGACGUCAGUGAAUUGGACAAAAAGAGUGAGCGCGAGCUGAUGUUCCUUCUGUCCAAUCUGAGCACUAAUACGGCUGAUAUUACAGUUGGGAAUGUGGUUUCCAUCGAUAAGAAAAUGAUUUUAACGGUUUUUGGAACGAUUCUUGGUUAUUUCACAAUUCUGGUGCAGUUCGCGGAUUAAUUUUCACAAUAUCCUUAUGACAAGCACUAUUACAUUAAGCGAGUAAAUACUAUCGAUCUCUCACUUUUAUCCAGGAAGACAACUUUCUAUAUCAUAUUGACCUUGUAAAUCUGAUACAAAACUAGUGUUGUAUCAGAUUAAAAAAACGGUCGUCACCUUUAAUCGGAGACAACCCAACACUAGCAAAGUUCUCAGUUUUAGUAUCGCAUCAUAGACCUUCACUAGGUUUUGAAGCAAUCAAAUACAGAUAGCAGCACUCCCUUAUGCGACAGAUGGCAUGCCUUCCAUGUGCGAUGAAUAAUUUUUCAAAAUGUUCUCUGUUGCAUUAACAGUGACUAAACUCAGUACUCGGCUGCGGCUCGAGUUUGUAAUUCCCAUACAACACGGACUUUCAUCAUGGUGCAUAGGUGAAAUAACAUCAAAAAAAGGCUACCUCUUUGUACUUUAUUUUAAAGAUAAACAUCUCUAAUUUAUUGCUGAUAAAUAUCCAAGCAUAAUUAAUGUAAAUAAUGUUACUAGUGGUUCAUUUGCAUAUAUCUAGGGUCUUUUCGUACGAAGUUAACGCAUGCAUUAUGCAUUUGAACUGUUGAAUAAUAAACUAUUAAAACAAUACCUUCAUUCUGUAAAUUUCAAUUAAAACACUUUUAUGAGCCGAAUGCAUGUAAAUGCGCUUGUAAAUUCAAAGGGAGUUUUUAAAGUUAAUUAAUUCAAGAUGGCGACCCAUCUUGGGAGCCUGCGUUACAUUGCGGUUAACGCUGUAAGCAACACAAAGCCUUUUGAUUUCAUACUCCAAAGUUUUAUUCUCCUUGGAUUUCGUAUUAUCUUACUAAGGCGAGUUAUCGAAGCCAAGGCCAAAAGGGGCAUAAAACUUCAUAACGCUCAUUCAAACGCAAUAGGUGUUUUAAUAUGUGUAUAUAUAAAGUAUAUCAACGUCAUGAUACUUCCCUGUAUCACUUUGUUAUUUCGUUCAAACUAUUUCAAAUAAAUAAAAAUAUUG